AAAUAUAAACAUGGCAAUAGUGUUUACCAAUAUUAAAUCAAAAUACAAUUUUCUACUUUUUGUUUCCGCGGAAGGGUCUCUUUAUCUGUCUCUGUUGCUCCCUUUGAAGCAAAAGCUUUGAGUCCCAUUCUUUUGAAUUUUGGUUCUGCGAUCUUAAGUUUCAUCUUCAGGGUGGUGGUGUUGCUUCUGGGAACCUUUCAAAAUCUCUGCUUUCUUUGGUUCUCAGUUGAAUUGAGUGGCACUCUUGUGCUUUCAAUUGAGUGCUUCGGCUUCCUGAUUUGCCACCACUGUGCUGUUAAUGAGAAUACCAGAACUUUUGACUUGACUAGUCAACAGCCAGGGCAAAAGACAAGGAAGUGGAUAACGAAGAGGGAAUCAUUAAUGCUGCUGUAAACAAACCAAAAAAGGGUAUAAAACAUUCAGUAGAUAUAGUGAACUUUUGGAAAUGGGCUGUGUGGUGUCAACUCCAAAGGACUCUGGUGGAAAUAGAAGGAGGCCAGGGAGUAUUGGUGAAGUUUCAGUAUAUGUUCCUGGCUUGAGGAUUCCUAAACCUGUUGAUUUUGCUCAGUCACUCGGUGAUUAUUUGUCCAAGAAUAUAGUGGAACGCCUGUCUGCUCUUAGAACGCGUAUAGUUGUAAUGACUGGUCAAGAAGGUCCUACAAUUACAAGAACAAAAAGAAAAACUCAGCAUGGAGGUUCAACACUGGCUGAUCUUGUGCAGGCUCUUGAAGAUUACUUGCCUGUUCUUCUAGGAUUAGUUAAAGAUGGAAGCCAUUUACAGUACAAAGUACAAUUUGUUUGGGUGAAUCAAGAGGAUGACAAAGAGGAGACGACCAUGUCUAAUGCUUGGUAUGAGGUGUUGUCAGUUUUACAUCUGAUGGCAAUGCUAUCACUAUCACAGGCUAACUUGUUGCUGCUUCCAAGAUCAUCAUCCAAUGAUGGUCAUCAGCCCAAAGUAUCAGAAGAAAACAGACGAGCCUCUGUUGAUAUCUUCUUAAAGGCGGCUGGGUAUCUGGAUUGUGCAGUCAGACAUGUUCUUCCACAGUUACCUGCAGAACUCAGGAGAAAUUUACCCGUAGACCUAGCAGAAGGAGUUCUGCGAGCACUCUCUCUACAAGCAUUAGGACAGGGUGUAGAUAUACAACUUGGAAUGGCCAUUGAUAGCACCAAAGCCACGCUAGCAGUAAAGCGCAGGCUUGCAUGUGAGAUGGUAAAAUGUUGGCAACAGGCCCAAGAUAACAUCAUGAAUCUUCCAUUAACAAAUGGUUGGGGUGAAAAACAUUGUCUCUUUGUGAAAUGGAAAUAUGUUGAAGCAAAGGCUGCAGCAUAUUAUUAUCAUGGUUUGAUUCUUGAUGAGGGAAAUACAGAAAAAUCUCACGGAAUGGCUGUAGCUGCUUUACAAGCAGCAGAUGAGUAUUUCAAAGAAAGUAAGAAGUUGUGUGAGGCAUUCAACGCAGCGUCUCCAUUGUCAAGAAAUCCACCCCCUUGGGGGACCAUGAAGUAUCUCUCUGAAAAAAUUCCAAAGGAUACUUCAAGCAAGGUUCGAAUAAACCGAGAUCUGUACUCUCAUGAGAGGAUCAUGGAGACAGCACCAACGUUGCCUGAUUUUUCCUUGGCCUUGAAACCAGAUGAAUAUCAACUUCCUCAAGUGGACUCCUCAUGGAGAACAGAGAACAUUAAAGUGGGACAAACCGAUCCUAACCAUCUUAAGGGUGACAAGUGACAAGAUACAAUGAAUUUGCAUACCUCAGAAAUGUUGGUCUACUUGAAAAAUGUCAUCAGCCAAAGGGUGUUUUUCCAAUUCUUGUUAAUAGAAAAAACAGAUUAGUUUAUUUGAGUUUUUUUUUUCUAACUUCUGCAUUCCCUUUUUCAUUUUUUUCCUCCUUUCGUUCAUAAUAUUUGAAAGAUGUCCUUCUGGAGGUGCAAUGUAAAUUGUCCUCUGAAAGAAAAACAAGUGUCUCUUUGUCUAUACAUGAAUAAUAAUAACAUUGUUAUUUCAUCUCA